AAACAACGGGGCAUUUCCUCACCGGUGACUCAGCGGACCAGGCUGUGAUUGGUUAACUGCUCUGAGACACCAGCAAACAGCCAAUCGUAACAUUUUGCGAUGGUGUGUCGUUGAGCUAUACCUUACCCUUUUUGAAAAUAUGAUUUUUAUUUUUUUUUCUUUACGACUCGAAAUGAAGAUUAUCUGGCUAUGGUUUUGUAUCGUAUACUAUGUAACCAUAUUUUCAUUUGUUGUAAAAUAAAAAAAUAUAUAUGUAAAAACGGAGCUGGAUGAACGAGUCACAUAAAGUCGUUGGGGUUUGAAGGAAGAUGGCAGCGCCCUCGUCGAGUUUGAUAAGGAGGUUUAUUCUGAGUUAUUUUAAACACAGACAGGGCUCCAGAAGAAGGUGCUGCACAUUAUUUAAACCGACAAGAGGUUCCACUUUAUCUUUAGGACAUGCAUCAUUAUCAACAAUCUCACAUGUUACCAAGCACAGUGGACCCAUUGCUCACUACAACAACCUGGUACACUCUGGAUUGCUCCAUGAGGACAUUCAGCAGAGAGCUGCACUUUGGCAGUUAGAGGAGCUACAUGGACUGAUAGCAGGGUACACCAAUAUUCCACUCGAUUUAUCUUUUACACAGCCAGGGGAGAACAGACACAGUAGCUUAAACUCAGACCCGUACAAUGUCUUAGAAGAUUCCAAGAAUAGAUUGAUGACAAACACAAGGGCAAAGGAUGGACAAGUGACACACCGGGACUCUGAUGUUACAUCAGUAAAACAAGGAGCAGAAGAAGUAGAUGAAUGCAGUGUAGAAAAGGCACCUGUAAAGCCACCUCCCCCUCGUGGAUGCUACAUUCAUGGUGGUGUCGGGACUGGAAAAACAAUGCUGAUGGAUCUGUUUAACUCUCAUGUGACGAACAGCAGGAAAAAGAGGCUUCACUUCAACAGCUUCAUGUUAGAUAUUCACAGACGGAUCCAUCGACUGAAACAGAGUCUACCAAAACGACAGAUAGGCAAAAUGACAAUCUACGAUCCCAUUUUUCCUGUUGCCAUGGAGAUUGCCUCAGAAACCUGCCUCUUAUGCCUGGAUGAAUUUCAGGUGGUGGACAUUGCUGAUGCUAUGAUUCUGAAGCAGCUUUUCAGUGGGUUGUUUUCAUGUGGUGUGGUGUUAGUGGCCACCUCCAACCGGCCACCAGAAGAACUCUACAAAAACGGGCUUCAGAGAGCUGCUUUUGUGCCUUUCAUCGGCGUGCUCAAGGAACAUUGCCGCACUCUCAGUUUGGACACUGGAAUAGACUAUCGCAGGAGAGAGAUGAUGCCUCCAGAAAAAUACUAUUACAUAUCCAGCGAACCCGAUGCAGAGGCCGCCGUGAAUACGCUGUUCGAUGAAUUGGCUUACAGACAAAAUGAUGUAAUGAGGCCUAGAGUGCUGACAGUGCAGGGCAGACAGCUGACCCUUAGCCGCACCUGUGGAACCAUCGCAGACUGCACCUUUCAGGAGCUCUGUGACAGGCCAUUAGGAGCAAGCGAUUAUCUGGAGCUAGUGCGGCACUUUGACACAGUCAUCAUCCGUAACGUGCCUCGAUUGAAGGUUGGACUGAAAGACCAAGUCAGGCGUUUCAUUACACUUAUUGACAUCUUCUAUGACCAGAAGGUGAGAGUAGUGGUGUUGGCUGAGGCCCCUCUGCAGCUUCUCUUUGUUGGGGGCCCACUGUCUGGAGAAGAAGAGCGCGACCGUCUGAUGUUGGAUGAGCUUGGCCUGACCAAUGAGUCAUGGAAGCGAUUGACACUAUUCACAGCUGAGGAAGAGAUUUUUGCCCUGCAGAGGACACUGUCUCGACUUACAGAGAUGCAGACAGAGCAGUACUGGCUUCAAAGAGAUGGAAGUUGAAUGUGAAAAUAGCACACAGAAACCAGUGUGUAUUCUUGUCUUUGCAGGGGUAUUUCCAUUGACUUUUGUGUUGUCUCUGGGGAAAUAUUUAAGCUCUUUUUUUAAUAAUGGAAUGUUUUCAGAAAAAUCCUUGUGUAAGGAUUAAGACAAAUAAAAUCAACAGGCUACAGUUUAA